AUGUUGGCCUGUACGGCGUGUCUCAGGAGGUCCACCAAGCCCAUCAAGGCAGUAGCUUUGUUCGCCGGGACGCCUCGCGUCUCUCAAUAUGGCCUGCCGCUGAUCCGACUAAGCCAUGCCGAUGCAAUUACACAGGAGAAGUUCAUGCGGAAAAUGAACGCAGCACCCCAAGAACAAGAGGUGCCAGCGAAAACUCAAAGAGAAAGAAGGAUCAAGCGGGUUGUUGAGAAAGAACUCGAGUACUCGGAGGACCGCUGGAAGAUUGCCCAGCAAGUCCAAGCGAUGCUUAAAACGGACCGUCACGAGGAGGCCGUCCUCCUGGUGAAAGAAGCCAGCAAGAAAGACGAUUGUGCUGUUGCCUGGAACCACGUUCUCGACUACGAGCUCGUCACCCGAAAAAGCCCGGCCAACGCAUGGAAGCUCUUCAACGACAUGAAGAAGCGCGGGCAGAAACCCAACGAGCAGACUUACACUAUCAUGUUCCGCGGUUUUGCCCACGUCCCUCAACCCGAGGCCGGUGUCAAGCGGGCGGUCCAGCUGUACCGUACUCUAUUGCAAGAUACAAGAGUCAAGGCGAACCAAAUACACCUCAACGCUGUCCUCCAAGCAUGCGGCCGCGGGAAGGACAUUGAUUCCAUGUUCGCCAUCUUGGAUUCGGCGGACCCGAAGGCCGGUCGCGGAGCAGACGCACGAACAUACACGACCAUUCUCAAUAGCUUGCGCUUCAGUAUCAUGUCCAAGUCUAGCCAUGAUAUCGGAGGUACCAGGGAGCCAGCGGGCACACAACAGAGCGAGACGCUAAAGGUUGUUGAUCAGUGCAAGCGCAUCUGGGAAGAGGUAAUGCGCGAGUGGCGAGCCGGAAAGCUUACCAUGGACGAGGAGUUGGUCCUGGCCAUGGGGCGCAUACUGCCAGAAAAGGAGUUGAUGCAGCAUUUGCAGGACACCAUGGGCAUACCCAACUUUGAGGACGCCAAAGUCAAAAGGGACUGGGGAGGUGUGAUCAACGAGGAUAAUGUCAUUAGAGGUAUCGCUGCCGUCAGCAACAAGCGAUCUCAGAAUGACCAAAAUCGCGAUGGCGUCAACCUCGCGGUUCCAGGUCCAAAGACACUCUCCCUCCUCAUUUCAUCCAGAGCCACCCAAAGACAGCCCCGAUUAGCCACCGAUUACUGGAAUCUUUUCGUCCUUCACUACGGCCUAAAGCCCGACGCCGGCAACUUCCAACUAUACAUGUCGCAACUUGAGCGCCGUGGAGCCAGCGCCCUCGCCAUGAACAUCCUCUCAGAGAUGCCCCAGGCCCAAUUCACAUCAUCUCUAGUACACCAGGCCCUACAAGCGUGCCUCCGUGAUAAUAUGAACCCCAAUGCCUUCACCAAUGCCACCGGCAUCAUCGACAACACGAUGUUGCGUGCAGAAUCUCUGAAGAACGAUAGGCGGUUUCCCCCACGCAUCGACAUCCUCGCGCUAGUUCUCUACCACCGAGUCGCUGUGGCAGCAGACCAUGCCUUCCGCCAGAUGGCCAAGUCUGGCAACCAUGAGGGUGCGGAUCGGGGCUACGGCAAGCAGCUGGCUUCGGCCGUCGAAAAGUUAUAUGGCCCUAUGUGCACGGCCAAGCAAGGUGUGCUGGCAGCGGCAAGACCAAGUGCCAAAUCCAAGGCCAAAGCCAAGCCGUCCGCCGAGAGAGGGGGCGAACGCCGCAUCGAGUUUGCGAAACUCGUCCUUGAUCUUGCUCGCAGCCUCAUCGCUACGGUCGACAGGAUCGAAAGGAGGCAGCUUCUCGAGCAAGGAGAUCAGCUUGAAGAUCUUAAGAAGAAGCGAAAUGCCAUCAACCGUUUCGUGGUCGAACUGACUGACCCCCAACAGCAGGACUCCCAGCCUGCUGUGUCCACCAGCAUAUAA